CCGGCGCUGAGGCGCGUGGAGGAGGGAGAGUCAUGGGGAAGAGUCGGGGGAAGCGAUUCCGGCAGAUCCACUGCUCUCCUACCGGCCUGGAGCAGCGCUGCGAUGAGGAAGAUGACCCGGACGAGGAGCCGGCCGCGGAGCUGCUGGAGAAGGUGCAGCAUCCAAGUGCUGAAGUCAGGGAGUAUGCCUGUGCCAGUAUUUCCAAGCUGUUGCAAGAGCAGCAGGCAAUCCCAGCCUUCCUGCAGAGAGAUGUGAUCCGUUGUUUAGGACCCUUGUUGAUGGAUUACAGUUUAGCUGUUCGGGAGACAGCUGCAGGUGCCCUCCGAAAUCUAAGUGCUUGUGGGGGAUUUGAAGUCUGUGAUGACAUGGUGUCAAAAGACAUAAUGACACCCCUUGUUGCGCUUCUGAAAGAGUGCAGCACUGGACUGGAUGCUAACCAGCUGUCUCCAGAGAAAUGCAUAGAGAUGAACAAAAACUAUAUUGAAGACAUAGCCAACGAGGCUAUUAAUUUGCUGUGGAAUGUAUGUGAAUGCAGUAGUACCGCAGUACACAUAUUCAACAAGGAAGGAUGUCUGGAGGCUGUGUUACCUUACAUGAAAAAUUUUUCUACAAAUGUGGAUCUGGCUGUUUCAGCAGCAAACUGCUUACAGGCAGUGACAGAAGAUAAUCCAGAUCUUCUUCCUUCGUUUAAUGCUUCUUCACUACAAGUAUUGGAAACAGUGAUGCUGUGUCCAGAGAGCACAAUGAAGCACAUCCUUCUGAGAACGCUCACAGCAGGCAUUGUCUGGAAUAUCAAGGGUACAAUUCCACCAGGCAGCCUGGGAAGCAUAAUUAAUGCAGUCCUGAAGAUUUUUUCAGAAUCAUUAGCAAUAGAUGCUGGCGAAACAAUUAUUCGUAUGAAAGAAGCUGAAAAAAACAGGUUAAAACUUGCUGUGGAGAGAGAAACAGAGGAAAACAUGAGUGAUGUUACAGAAAACUGUGUUUUGAGUGAAGAUUAUGACUUGGAAGAAAUACCAAAAGGAAAAGUCAAAAAGGGAGAAAAUGACAUUUCUGAUUUCAUUCCACCUGAUCAACAGGAACUGAAAGAAGUGACAGCUUUACUGAUGGCUCAGCAGACUGCUCUGGAAAUCAUUGUUAAUAUGUGCUGCAGUGAAGAUCCUUCUGAUGAUGAAUGGGAAGAACUCUCCAGCAGUGAUGAAAGUGACUUUAUGGAAAACUUGUACAAUGAUGGGAGUGGGCUGCUAAUGUCACCUCUGUGCCUCUCUGAUGAGGUUAACUCAGCAUUUAUGAACAAUCUCAUUCCAAAGAAGAUUCUUGAAAAAACUGCUUUUCCGAACAGUGUUGCUCUAGACAUCUGCAGGCACAAUCCAUCCUGGAAACCAUUAAUUAAAAAACUCAAUGCAGUGCAGUGUAGAGCUUUAACAUGUCUUCAGAACAUUUUGUUAGUGUCAGACAUGGAUUGUCUUGGAGGAGCUUCACUUCAGUCCAUUGCACAGCAUCUCUUGCAGCUAGUCUUUGCUAAAAUGGAACUCCCUACAGACACAGAAUUCCUAGAAGCCAUAACUAGUGCUUUGAGGGCUCUCUUACAAACAAUGGCAUCAAAGAACAUCUCCCAGCAGUGUAUGAGUCCUGAGCAGCUAUUGUCUUUAUGUGAAGCUGGCAUGGACAGCAGCAAUGCCAGUGUUAAAAUGAAUAUAGUGAGCAUCCUUGGAAUUUCUGGCAGCAUCCUGGCAAAAGGACAAGAUACAGCUGAAACGCUAAAGGUGAUUGGAAAAUUUCUUCUUGAGGUUGCUAUGAAGGAAUCUUCUCUUGUGGUAGCAGGGGAAGCCUUGGAUGCACUUUUUGACGUAUUUGCAGAUGGUAAAGAAGCAGAAAAGGCGGCAGUAGAGAUCAGGUUGCUUCCAGCCCUGAAAGAAUUUCAGCCAGUAUUCAAAAUGAGGAUGCGAAAAGAAGGCAAAGGAAAAUAUAGUACAGAUCAGCUGUGUGUUCUUGACAACGUGAAGAUGAACUUGAGAAGAUUCAUUGCAUAUCAGGAGACAAUAGGGAAAAGUCCAACUUGCAACAACGACGAACUUUAAGGUUUCCCUUACUGAGUAACAUUUUCCAAAAAUAAAACUGUUUGGAACUUCUAAAA